AUGAGCAACAACGACGUAUCCCCAGCAAAGAGUUCAAACAACAGAGGCCGUGGUUCCCCAACAGGUAAAAAAGCAGUUAAUGCCUCUUAAAGCGCACUCGACUAAAAAGAGUUAUUCUUUGGCCUGACUGAGAAAGAGAUUGAGAUUGAAAGUCUUAAGACAAUUAUUGUGGCCUAGGAUGAAAAGAUUAAGGUAGUUGAUUCCUUGAGGGAUGAUCUAACUAUUGCCAGAGAUCAUCUUAGAGAAUCAGAAGCUGCUAGAGUAGAUCUUUAAGAAUUAUUGAGAUAAAACGCAGAGCGAGCAAGGGAAGAGGCAGCCAAGAACCUGAAAUUCCAGGAGACUCUAAUCCUUGAAAACCAACGACUUCAGGCUGAGCUAGACAAGACCAAGGGAGAGAAGUUAGAAUUAGAGAAGGAUCUUGGACAGAAGAACAUUACCAUCCAGAUGCAGACUGAGAAAAUCCUACAGUUAAAUGCUGAGAUUGAGAGUUUAAGACAGGAAUUACAGAGAAGAGAGGACGUAGACAGAUAACUAAAGACUGCCAAUGAAAUCAUAUCCAAACUUAAUGAUUAAAAACUCAGACUUCAAAAGGAUCUUGAGACUGCUAGUGACUAUCUUUUAGAAUAAGAAGCUAAGACAUACAAAGCCAAUAAGACUUCACUUGAAUUAUUGAGAUAACUUAAGGACGCUGAGAUUGAAAUUGAGACACUUAAGAACUAUAUCAUUGAACUUAAAUAGAGAAUCGCUGUGUAUAUUCCUAUUAAGGAUGAUGCAGUUGAUAAGAAAUUGGCUGAGUUUAUCAAUAACUACCCUGAGAGAAGCAAACUUAAGAUCAUGUUUAUGAGAGAGAGCGAGGGAGUCUAUCAAUUCGGAACUAAGAGAGUUUAUGUUAGAGUCGACAAGGACAAGAUUAACAUUCGUGUUGGUGGUGGAUAUCUGUCAAUUGAUGAGUUCUUAGAUUAGUACACUCCAUAGGAGCUUGAUAAGAUGGAGAGAAAAGAUCCACUUAAGAAAUUCUCUGAAAAAGUUGCUGUCUAGAAAACUUUAACAGGGAAAGAACUCAGAGAGAGCUCACCAAUUAGAUCUCCAGAAAGAAGAUGA